CUUUGGAUCUGACCGCCUCUCGCUCUUUUUUCUCCCUCCGCCCUUCCCUACCUCCUCCGAAGCAAACUAGGGUUUCCUCGACGCCGCUGCCCUGCCCCGAUGUCUAGCUUCAGCGGCGAUGAAACUGCCCCUUUCUUCGGAUUCCUCGGCGCGGCCGCGGCGCUCGUCUUCUCUUGCAUGGGGGCGGCGUACGGAACUGCGAAGAGCGGCGUUGGUGUUGCUUCCAUGGGUGUGAUGCGCCCGGAGCUCGUGAUGAAGUCGAUAGUUCCCGUUGUCAUGGCCGGAGUUUUGGGGAUCUACGGUCUCAUCAUUGCGGUGAUAAUAAGCACCGGGAUCAACCCCAAGGCCAAGUCGUACUACCUCUUCGAUGGGUACGCGCACCUCUCUUCCGGGCUGGCUUGUGGCCUCGCAGGACUUUCAGCUGGCAUGGCGAUUGGAAUCGUAGGAGAUGCUGGAGUCAGGGCCAACGCCCAGCAGCCAAAGCUCUUUGUGGGAAUGAUUCUGAUACUCAUCUUCGCCGAAGCUCUUGCCCUCUAUGGCCUUAUUGUCGGCAUCAUCCUUUCCUCUCGAGCUGGUCAAUCUCGAGCAGAUUAAAGAACUGCAGGAGAUGGUCCAUUUUUUUGCGCUAUCUUUUGUUGUUACAAUGUAAUUUAUUUAUUUAACUUUUGCUACAGAUAAGAGUCAGGCGGACUCAUUAAAUGCUCAAUAAUUUGAACUUACAAGCUUGUAAUCUUUGUUGGCUCUGUAAGUUUUCGGUUGCCGCAAAAACUAUACUUUGCAGCAAAAACAAAAAGAUUUUGAUUGCUUUCUUCAAUGAUUGAAUGAUUAGAAUGCGAGAUUUUCUUAUCGAA